AUGGGGUAUAUCAAUGCUUGGGCUAUUGCAAGAGACCCCACCACGUGGGAAAAUGCAGAUGAGUUCUUGCCGGAGAGAUUCUUGGCGGCUGAGAUCGACGUGAGGGGUCAGAAUCCGACGGUGAUUCCGUUUGGAUUUGGCCGGAGAGGGUGUCCUGGGAUUGGAAUGGGUAUGUCUGCAAUCGAACUUGCAUUAGCAAAUGUUUUGCACAAAUUUGAAUGGGAAUUGCCUCAUGGAAUGAAGGAGGAAGACAUUGAUUUCGAUUCCGAGCCUGGAUUUGGAUUGCAUAAGAAGAAUGAUCUUCGCCUUGUUGCCAAAGUUGUGAUAUUGACAUCCCUACCUACCUACCUACAUGGUGUAAUAAUAAUCGGAGGCAGCGAUGGGACUUCUGCUGCUUUAGUGUGGGCGUUGACGGCGUUGAUGAAGAUGCCUCCGUUGAUGAAGAAAGUGCAAGCAGAGGAGAUAAGGCGAUUGGCCGGAAAGAAAGACAUAGAGAAACUCCCAAGAGAGACUAUCAAGAAAUGUAGCAUAAAUGGUUAUGAAAUUGAAGGUGGAACAAUGGUGUAUAUCAAUGUGUGGGCUAUCGCAAGAGACCCCGCCACAUGGGAAGACACGGAUGAGUUCUUGCCGAAGAGAUUCUUGGAGGCUGAUCUCGACGUGAGGGGUCAGAAUCCGACGGUGAUUCCGUUUGGAUUUGGCCGGAGAGGGUGUCCUGGGAUUGGAAUCCCCAUGUUUGAAAUCGAACUUGCAUUGGCAAAUGUUUUGUGCAAAUUUAAAUGGGAAUGGCAAUGCAUAAGAAGAAUGCUCUUCCCCUUGUUCCUAAACUCAUUUAGUAAAGCUUGA